ACCACAGCAAUGGCGGACGCUGUAGAGGAAGUGCUUCAAGGCAGCUGGGACGAGGACCUAGCUGAGGCUCUAGACUCUGUGAGUGGGGAUCAGGAUGCAGAGAAGAACGGUCUCAUUCAGGUCCAAAACCUUCUGCCUCAUCAGAGAGCCAGGCUUUGGAUGAUUGCUCUAAAUGUGGCUGGUAAAGGAGACAGUUUAUCCUCCUGGGACGGGGCUUUGGAUUUACCAGAACAGACGCUUAUACACAACCGAAGCCAGCAGCUCAUUGAUGAGCUGGGGCUUCCUGCAGAGGAGGGCCGGGACCUAGUGGGGGACGUGGAGGCCGUGAUCACUUUUUACUGUAAGUCACGAAAUGUGACGUUCACAACUGAACUCUGCUGGCCGAGCCUGCUCAAACCCCUGCUCGGUCUCCAGUUAGCGCGCAGCGACCUUUACAACUGCUUCUAUGCCAUCAUGAAUAAGUACAUUCCCAGAGACUGUGUGUCGAAGGGGCGACCGUUCCACCUGUACAGACUGCUGCUGCAGUACCACGAACCUGAACUCUGCUCAUUCCUUGACACCAAAAAGAUGACACCAGACUCUUAUGCCAUUAACUGGUUGGGCAGUCUGUUCUCCAGCCACUGUCUUCCUGAGGUCACUCAGGCCUUGUGGCACAUCUACUUCCAGCAGGCCGACCCCUUCCUCAUCUUCUUCCUUAUGCUCGUCAUUCUUGUCAAUGCCAAAGACAUGAUUCUUUCCCAAGAAGGAGACAGUAAAGAGGAGCUCAUAAAAACACUGGAACAGUCACCUUCCUUAUUGGAGGCUGAGGACAUUGAGGAUCUGUUUUCACUGGCACAAUAUUACCAAAGCAAGACACCCCUCUCUCUCCGAAAGGAGAACCAGAACUUGUUUGGUAGCAGUCUGGUGGCUCUGAAGGAGGAGGACAUGGACCUGAGUCAGGCUCUCUGUCUCCCGGUGUCUGUACCCGAGAUCCUGCAGGCUAAUCAGCUCCAGUCUGAGGGGGUGCGUUUUUUUGUAGUGGACUGUCGGCCAGCAGAGCAGUACAAUGCUGGACAUUUAUCCACUGCCUUUCACCUGGACUCUGAUCUGAUGUUGCACAAUCCAUCCGAGUUUGCACUGUCUGUAAAGUCUCUGCUGGAGACGCAAAAGCAGUCUCUGGAGUCGGGCUCAGUGGCCAGCGGUGAACAUCUGUGCUUCAUGGGCAGUGGGCGCGAGGAAGAGGACAUGUACAUGAACAUGGUGCUCGCUCACUUCCUGCAGAAAAGCAAGGAGUAUGUCAGCAUUGCAAAAGGCGGAUUUAUGGCACUGCAGCAGCACCUGGCAGACAUCAAUGUGGAAGGGCCAGACAAUGUGUAUGUGCAUUGGAUAGUCAGCACUUCAGGAUCUCACAGCAGCCUCAGCUCAGCAGACGGGGAGCUGAAUAGUACAGGGGAUGGCAAAGGCGUCAAAUCCCUAGUCAACAAAAUGACCUUUGCUCUUAAAUCCAAGUCGGUUAAUGUGAAGGAGAAGGUGAUCAGCUUUAUUGAAAACACUUCGACUCCAGUGGACAGACUAUCUUUCACUCUGCCUUGGCCAGAGAAGGGGAUACCUGAUCGGCACGUCAGUAGCAGUGACCGUGUGGGUAAACCCUACAGGGGCGUAAAGCCCGUCUUCAGCAUUGGCGAUGAGGAGGAAUAUGACACGGAUGAGAUUGACAGCUCUUCAAUAUCAGAUGAUGACCGCAAGGAGAUAGUGAACAUACAGACAUGGAUUAACAAGCCAGAUGUGAAGCACCAUAUCCUAUGUAAUGAAGUGAAAGAAACUGGACACAUGUUCCCCAGCCACCUGCUGAUCACAGCAACACACAUGUACUGUCUGAGGGAGAUCGCCUCACGGAAAGGAUUCGCCUACAUCCAGUCCAGACAGGCGUUAAGCUCAGUGGUGAAGAUCACCUCAAAAAAGAAGCACCCGGAGCUGAUCACAUUCAAGUUUGGCAGCAACAACUCUGCAGGAGUGGAGAUUAUGGCUGUAGAAAGGUAUUUGAUCCCGAAUGCUGGUGAUGCCACAAAAGCCAUCAAGCAGCAGAUCAUGAAGGUUCUGGAUGCUCUGGAGAGCUCGUAGAGUCGCUGAUGCUCUGAGGUUUGGCUUAGACGAGGUCUGGCUGAAUGCAGCGAGACUGCCACGACUUACACAAGUCCGCACAUCCGUGCAGAAGGAAAGGAAUAUUCUUUUUCCCCCUUUCAUCCCAUCUCUUUCCCUCUGUCUGUUUCUCUCUCUCUCUCUCUCUCUCUCUCUCUCUCUCUUAACAGUCUCCUGGGACAGUACUGACAUUCAGUACUGCUGAUUACAUCAAUAGGAAGACGCCCAAGGUUUCAACACAAGCCCUCGUCCUAUUUAGCCUUUGACAUUUUCUUCGUGUUCCUGUCAAGCAACUCUAACCCUUUAGGUGUAAGGUUGGACUUGUCACCUCAAUCUGGAUGUCUGUCAAGCCUUAAUCCUGUCCCUAAUCCACUGUUUUUCUGCGAGGGACUCAAAGGCAAAAUCUGUGGUGAGAUAAAGGACUCUGGCCUUGAAACGCUCAGUGUUUCAUUCGUCUUGUAUAAUUUAUGAAUAUUCUCAUCAUUCAGUCGUUUAUUUAGUCACUGCAGUACACUUUCAAUGAGUUCUGUGCAUAUUUAUCCGUGCAGUAUUUAUGCCUGCGAGUUAAGACAGUUGAAUCGAUUUGCCGUAUUUAUAUUUGAACCCCUUGAGGAACGUGGUGGAGUUGUCAUCAUGCAACUUACAACACAUGCACUUUUUAGUCAUUCUCAAAUAAUUGAUCUCGUAUAUAUAUAUAUAUAAUUAAUUCAUAAACUAGUCACUCCUUAUGGUCUGUGCUUGCAGCCCUGCAAAUGAAGUGAAAAGCAAGGUGGUCUGUGGAUAAGUGAUAUUUGUAUAUACUGUAAAACUGUACCUAAUGGUUGGCUUUGGAAAAAUGUAUUUAUGACCAGACUGUGAGGAACGCUGAUGCCACUAAUAAGAGCAACCUCACUAACGAUGUUUUGUAAAAGUAUUAAAGUAUUUAAGUCAUGUUUAGAUCCAAUCAGAAUAAUGAAAACCAAACGAUAGAGCAGGCCAACGUCACACUUUAUCAAUAACUAAUCUGCAUUUUGAGUGCAAACACAUGAUUCUGUUCAUAAACUGAAUUAUAGGACAGGUGAAGAAAAAGUUCCUAUUGCUGGCAACUUCAUUAAUCAUUUGCUUUACAAACAGAUCUCCGCUUUCCCGCUUGUACACACUUUUUGUGAAACAUCAUUAUCGUUUUUUGUAAAAGCAUUCAUUUUAAUAAAUUUACAAGUAGCCAAAACAAA